AUGGGCCGAGGGGUGCGCGUGCUUCUGCUGCUGGGCCUUCUGCACUGGGCCGGGGGCGGCGAGGGCAGGAAGACCUGGCGGCGCCGCGGCCAGCAGCCACCCCCGCCGCCGCCCCCGCCGCGGGCCGAGGCGGCCCCGGCAGCCGGGCAACCGGUGGAGAGCUUCCCUCUGGACUUCACGGCCGUGGAGGGCAACAUGGACAGCUUCAUGGCACAGGUCAAGAGCCUGGCGCAGUCCCUAUACCCCUGCUCGGCGCAGCAGCUCAACGAAGACCUGCGCCUGCACCUCCUGCUCAACACGUCGGUGACCUGCAACGACGGCAGCCCGGCCGGCUACUACCUGAAGGAAUCCAAGGGCAGCCGGCGAUGGCUACUCUUUCUGGAAGGAGGCUGGUACUGCUUCAACCGGGAGAACUGCGACUCCCGAUAUGACACCAUGCGGCGCCUCAUGAGCUCCAAGGACUGGCCCCGCACUCGCACAGGCACGGGGAUCCUGUCCUCCCAGCCAGAGGAGAACCCCCACUGGUGGAACGCCAACAUGGUCUUCAUCCCCUACUGCUCCAGCGAUGUGUGGAGUGGGGCUUCGUCCAAGUCUGAGAAGAACGAGUACGCCUUCAUGGGCACCCUCAUCAUCCGGGAGGUUGUGCAAGAGCUCCUGGGCAAAGGGCUGAGUGGGGCCAAGGUGCUGCUGCUGGCAGGGAGCAGCGCGGGGGGCACGGGGGUGCUGCUAAACGUGGACCGUGUGGCCGAGCAGCUGGAGGAGCUGGGCUAUCCAGCCAUCCAGGUGCGGGGCCUGGCUGAUUCCGGCUGGUUCCUGGACAACAAGCAGUACCGCCGCACAGACUGCAUCGACACCAUCACCUGCGCGCCCACGGAGGCCAUCCGCCGGGGCAUCAGGUACUGGAAUGGGGUGGUCCCGGAGCGCUGUCGGCGCCAGUUCAAGGAGGGCGAGGAAUGGAACUGCUUCUUUGGCUACAAAGUCUACCCAACUCUGCGCUGCCCAGUCUUCGUGGUGCAGUGGCUGUUUGACGAGGCCCAGCUGACUGUGGACAAUGUGCACCUCACGGGGCAGCCGGUGCAGGAGGGCCAGUGGCUGUAUAUCCAGAACCUGGGCCGUGAGCUGCGGAACACACUCAAGGAUGUGCCGGCCAGCUUUGCCCCCGCCUGCCUCUCUCACGAGAUCAUCAUCCGAAGCCACUGGACAGACGUCCAGGUGAAGGGGACCUCACUGCCCCGGGCGCUGCACUGCUGGGACCGAAGCCUCCAUGACAGCCACAAGGCCAGCAAAGCCCCCCUGAAGGGCUGCCCCAUCCACCUGGUGGACAGCUGCCCCUGGCCCCACUGCAACCCCUCGUGCCCCACCAUCCGGGACCAGUUCACGGGGCAGGAGAUGAAUGUGGCCCAGUUCCUGAUGCACAUGGGCUUCGACGUGCAGACAGUGGCGCAGCAGCAGGGCCUGGAGCCCAGUAAACUGCUGGGGAUGCUGAGCAGCGGGAGCUAG